AUGUCUGGACGUGGCAAGCAAGGCGGCAAGGCUCGCGCCAAGGCCAAGACCCGCUCUUCCCGGGCCGGGCUGCAGUUCCCCGUGGGCCGUGUGCACCGCCUGCUCCGCAAGGGCAACUACGCCGAGCGGGUCGGAGCCGGCGCGCCGGUGUACCUGGCGGCGGUGCUGGAGUAUCUGACGGCCGAGAUCCUGGAGCUGGCGGGCAACGCGGCCCGCGACAACAAGAAGACGCGCAUCAUCCCGCGCCACCUGCAGCUGGCUUUUGUCAUGGCUCGCACGAAGCAGACGGCUCGCAAGUCCACCGGCGGCAAGGCGCCGCGCAAGCAGCUCGCCACCAAGGCAGCCCGCAAGAGCGCGCCGGCCACCGGCGGCGUCAAGAAGCCCCACCGCUACCGGCCCGGCACCGUGGCCCUGCGCGAGAUCCGCCGCUACCAGAAGUCCACCGAGCUGCUGAUCCGCAAGCUGCCGUUCCAGCGCCUGGUGCGCGAGAUCGCGCAGGACUUCAAGACCGACCUGCGCUUCCAGAGCUCGGCCGUGAUGGCGCUGCAGGAGGCCUGCGAGGCCUACCUGGUGGGGCUGUUUGAGGACACCAACCUGUGUGCCAUCCACGCCAAGCGAGUGACUAUCAUGCCCAAGGACAUCCAGCUAGCCCGCCGCAUCCGUGGCGAUUCAUCAGAGAAGAGGAGGGAACAGGAGGGUGCUCUGAGCGGCAUUUUCACCCGCUCGAGGACUCCGGGUAAUGUUGAACUUGCUACGUUUCUUGGAGCUGCAGACAUGUCUGGUCGUGGUAAGGGCGGUAAGGGCCUGGGGAAGGGCGGCGCUAAGCGCCACCGCAAGGUCCUGCGCGACAACAUCCAGGGCAUCACCAAGCCCGCCAUCCGGCGCCUGGCCCGCCGCGGCGGUGUUAAGCGCAUCUCCGGCCUCAUCUACGAGGAGACCCGCGGGGUCCUCAAGGUGUUCCUGGAGAAUGUGAUCCGCGACGCCGUCACCUACACGGAGCACGCCAAGCGCAAGACUGUCACCGCCAUGGACGUGGUCUACGCGCUCAAGCGCCAGGGUCGCACCCUCUACGGCUUCGGGGAUCCCCAGGUUUGCUUAACUAUGGCCCGCACGAAGCAGACGGCUCGCAAGUCCACCGGCGGCAAGGCGCCGCGCAAGCAGCUCGCCACCAAGGCAGCCCGCAAGAGCGCGCCGGCCACCGGCGGCGUCAAGAAGCCCCACCGCUACCGGCCCGGCACCGUGGCCCUGCGCGAGAUCCGCCGCUACCAGAAGUCCACCGAGCUGCUGAUCCGCAAGCUGCCGUUCCAGCGCCUGGUGCGCGAGAUCGCGCAGGACUUCAAGACCGACCUGCGCUUCCAGAGCUCGGCCGUGAUGGCGCUGCAGGAGGCCUGCGAGGCCUACCUGGUGGGGCUGUUUGAGGACACCAACCUGUGUGCCAUCCACGCCAAGCGCGUCACCAUCAUGCCUAAGGACAUCCAGCUCGCUCGCCGCAUCCGCGGAGAGAGGGCGUAA